AUGGCUCAGGUAGCUCUAGAUGGUAAAUUGUCUUGUCCGAGUCCUUCUGGCAUUCGAGUCCUUCUGGCAUUCCGAGUCCUUCCUUCCGACAGGAAAAGUUUUUCUUUCCGACAGGAAAAGUCCUUCCUUCCGACAGGAAAAGUCCUUCCUUCCGACAGGAAAAGUUUUUCUUUCCAACAGGAAAAGUCCUUCCUUCCUUCAGGAAAAAUUUUUCUUUCCUUCAGGAAAAAUUUUUCUUUCCUUCAGGAAAAAUUUUUCUUGUUGUCCGUCCGUAAACCAUUCAAAUUUUCGAAAAUUGAGAACUUUUUGGCCGGCCUUCAGGAAAAAUUUUUCUUUCCUUCAGGAAAAAUUUUUCUUUCCUUCAGGAAAAAUUUUUCUUUCCUUCAGGAAAAGUUUUUCUUUCCGACAGGAAAAGUUUUUCUUUCCGGCAGGAAAAGUCCUUCCUUCCAACUGGAAGAACUCUUCCUUCCGACAGGACACAAACGAAUGUCCGACGUACCACCAACCGAGUCCAUUCCAAAGCCAGAAGAACCGACAGCCCCAGCACCACAACAGACUAAGACUAAAACACUUACAUUUUUACGCUUGACUUUUUACAAUUUGAACUUUGUUUGCGUAGAUGUGAAUUCUGAAAGAAGUAUGAGGGUCUUGUAUGACUUUGUACUUCUCCCAUAG